AUGGAAGGCAUUGCUCCUGGCGCCGACGCCAUGAUGAACGAAAUGUCUUCCAGCGACAUAGCCAAGCGAUUUGAGCUGCUGGAGAGCCAGUGGCUCGACUUCCAGCAGCGAUCUUCCACUCCGGACCUCGAGGAAGAACCCAUUGAGUUUCCAUCCUCCUUGGCCUCCUUCGACGCAAGCAACAACGUUUCUUCGGCGCCCAGUGAAUGCCCAAAGGACUCUCUAGCUGGCAGGCAAUCAAACAUCGUUCUACCGCGUUUGAAGCCGUUUCCUCCAAGGGCUCUCUCCAAGAGUCCAGCAUUCGGGGAACCAAAUCGAGCGGACGAGGACAACAUCAACAUCAGCCAGCCGGAUUCUCCGUUGAGUUCGUCGUCGUCUUUGUCAACUUCGUCGUCGUCCUCGGGAUCCAGUUCCGGUGGUUUUGGCCACAGUGAUCCGCUGAGUUCCAGGAGGAAGCGCUUGUUCUCGCAGCCUGCCACGCCGAUCAAAGAGGCCAUUUUGGAUGCUUCGUCUCCCAAGAAAACUUCCGCGUACAAGAGCUCCCAAGCAUAUUUUACGACAAACAGGAAAGAUGGUGAUACUGAUACUCCAGUGGUGUGCAUGGAUACACACCAAUCGCGGUCCCCUCCUCCUGGAUUCGUGGCAGAGGACAUUGAUAGCACGUUCAAGACUUCCUCGAAACAAAACCAUCAGCAACAGCAGCGUUUGUCGUCAAGGUCACUAAGUACCAAAAAUCCAUCUGCGCCGCAUAGAACCGCUGCGAAAUCUACCGCCGUGGUGGUAAGCAAAAUGUGCGAAUGCGUUAUUGAAUCUCACUUUUGCAAUCCACAGGAGAAUGACGACUGCGAAGGGAAAACGGUGCUGCAAUCUAUGCAUGCCUCCCUACUUCAGGUGCUCUUGCAGCUGGAAAGCAAAGAAAAGAGCCUGGGAAAGGCAUGGAAAGAAUGGAACGACAGUCCGGAGUCUAGUAAAGGGCUGAAGCAUUUUUCCGAAUUGGAACUGCUGACGUCGAGCAAGCAGAAGGGCUUCAGUGGUCUUCCUCGGGUGGCCGGGGCGAGCAGUCCAGAGAAAUGGUGCGAUACAGUAUCCGCAAGAAGCCAGCGCUUGGUUUCUUGCCUGGAGAAAGAAAGCCCUGGAGGGAAAUGGGCGAUUUCACUAGAGAAAGAGUCUAUGCGUGUUUAUAUUGUGAGUGAAGGUCGUAACCAAGAAGGCGAUAAAGUUCUAAUCAAGAAGAUUGAUAGUGAAUUAUACAACUAUAAUCACAUGGUCCGAGAGGUUGAGCUCAUGAAGGAGUGCAAGCAUGAGAACAUAAUGAGAGUUCUCGACAUAGGCCAAGAAGAAGAUGGAGAUUAUAUGGUUCUAGAGCACUUGUGCGAUGCCAGGGACCUCCAGUAUGAGCGAUUCUACUACAAACUCUCUGACGUAGGGUUGAUCAAGGAAACCAUACGGCAGCUCCUGGUGGGCUUGGCAAGCUUGCACGAGCGAGAGGUUGUGCAUCAGGACAUUGUGCCCGCUUGUAUCAGAUUCGAGCUCAAUCAUAGCAACUUUGUGGUGAAGCUGGGAGAUUUUCACUGCUCAAGGAGGCUAUCAACUCCACCAAAUGUAGAUACUAUGGGGGGCUCAAUGGGAUUCACUGCUCCUGAAGUUAUCUCCCGAGAGACGGAGAAGAUAGGGAAAGGUGUGGAUAUGUGGGGUGUUGGAGCUGUGCUUGCAAAUAUGCUCUUAGGAGAGAACCCUUUUCUUGAAGGUAUUGAUUUGAGUUUGAGCUGCGAUGCAAACAAGGCAAAGGUGAUGGACAAUAUGAAAAAGUUCUUGAAGAGGGAUUGGUAUGAGAUGAUUGAAGACGAGGAUGCAGUGGACUUGCUGCGAUGUUUAUUAGUUUGGGAUCCAGACAAGAGGAUUACUGCGGAACAAGCUUUGAAAUCAAUGUAUUUCAAAGUGAGACCUCAAGAUAUCGAAAAGAAAAGAGUGGUGGUACCUGUUGUCAAAGAAGAAAAGGAAGAAGAAAAGGUGGUGCCGAAGAGUAUUGAUUAUUUCAAAGAAGAAAGGGAAGAACUAAUGAUGGUGGGUCUUUUCAUAAUGUUUGCCAUAGCUGUCAUCAUAUAUUUUAGUUUAUAUACAACAUAA